GACCCCCGCGGAGUUCGAUUCGCAUCAAAUCGGAGCACUAGGCAGUGCCUAGCGGUCUUCGAAUCGCGCAUCCGGGAACGAUGGGGCGGUCGGCGCCGUGCUUCGAGUGCUUGGAGCGGCAGCUUCAAUACGAUUUCUCACCCGAUCUCGUCUUCCGAUAUGGAAUCUCCGAUUCCGCCCUCCCGUUUGGCUCUUCCGCCGCUGUUCAGGUCAACUUGACUGGGGAUGGAGACAAUAAUUUGAGUGAGGAAGUCUCUCUUCAACUUGUUUUGGUGGGAUUAUUCAAUGAGAAGAUUAGGUUAUUCAGGCGAAACUUGGAGCAGAAUGAGGGUAACCAGUCUUCUCUUGAAAAAGGGCCAUGCCAAAAGGAUGUUGAUGACAACUCUGUUAGAAAUGGGUGGCAACCUUCAAUUCAAAAUGGCUCCUUACUCUCCUUCAUUGGUUCUGGGGAUGAUCUGGUAGCUUACAAUCACAAAACUUCUGUUAGAAAUCCCGAAUGGCAAUAUAUAAUAAAAACAAUUACUAAACUAAAUCCAGCAGUUUAUGUUGGCAGAGCUUCCUAUGCUACUGUAAGAAACCUUUGUUUGAAUUAUGUUUAUGGAACUACCGAAAACAAUGCAACAUCCUUAAUAAAAUUCUUUACAGAAGGCAGUACUGAUCAUUGUGCUGCAAACUUUCUUAAGUCGGUUGCUUUUCCUGCAACUGAGAAUAAUUUUACAGGUAGCAUGAGAAAUCCUAAUAUAUUCCCUAUCCUAGGCAUACUAGAAGCACAAGAACACUUGUACUUGUUACAUCCAGAAGCUCCAUACACACUAGAUAACAUUAUGAAUUAUAGUCCCAAUGUGUUGAAAUCUGAUUGGCACAUUAGAUUUUUGGCCUACCAGAUUCUUUCUGCUUUAGCAUACAUUCAUGCCUUGGGAUUUUCUCAUGGAAAUAUAAGCCCUUCCAGCAUACAUUUGAAUGAGUCCUGUUGGGCAUGGUUGAGUGUGAGCGAGAUAUCAUGCUUGAAAGAGGCUUCUUCUGCUUCUGAAAAAAGUUGUUUCAUUGAGGAAUGUCCUUGUCAAGCUAUUUAUGCUGAUCUUGGGUUGUCAACAUCAAUGUUUUGGAGUACCAAUUUCAAGCUAUGGUGGGCAGGCGAAUUAAGCAAUUAUGAAUAUCUGCUUGUGUUAAACAAGUUAGCUGGUAGAAGGUGGGGUAAUAAUUCAUUCCAUAUGGUAAUGCCCUGGGUCAUAGACUUCAGUGUGAAACCUGAUGAAAAUUCUGAUGCUGGGUGGAGGGAUCUUACAAAAAGCAAAUGGCGCUUGGCUAAGGGAGAUGAACAAUUGGAUUUUACAUAUUCAUCAUCUGAAGUUCCUCAUCAUGUUUCUGAUGAAUGCCUCUCUGAGCUGGCAGUCUGCAGUUAUAAAGCCAGAAGGUUGCCUUUGUCAGUACUCAGGUCUGCUGUCAGAUCUGUUUAUGAACCUAAUGAAUAUCCAUCUAGCAUGCAGAGAUUGUACCAGUGGACUCCAGAUGAGUGCAUUCCUGAGUUCUACAGUGAUCCUCGAAUCUUUACUUCUCUUCACUCUGAGAUGAGUGACUUAGCAUUGCCUCAUUGGGUGACAUCUCCGGAGGAAUUUAUUUCAUUGCAUCGAGAUGCUUUAGAAAGUGACCGUGUAUCUCAACAGCUUCAUCAUUGGAUUGACAUUACCUUUGGUUACAAGUUAUCUGGUCAACCAUCGAUUGAGGCCAAGAAUGUAAUGUUGCCUACAUCUGAUCCAUCAAUGCCAAAUUCAACAGGGCGGCUACAACUUUUUACUAAACCACACCCUAGGCGCCGUGGCAUCACAGCUCAUUCUUAUUUCUAUGGCAUAAAAGAGUCAUGUCUAAAGUGCCAAUUGCAACAUGAGAGCAAAGGGUCUAAGUGUACUAACAAUCUCUUGCAUUUGGAUUCCAGGGAACAAUUAUCAGAAACUAGUUUUUUAGAAAAUUUAGAGCUAGCCAAUCUUUUCAGUGAAGAAACAUGUCAUCUAGAUCCUGUUUACUGUGGCAAUACUUGUUCUUUAAGGAACCAGCCCAAUGAUCUUUCCGCCAUUGACAUUCUAGAAGAGCCCAGCAGUACUUCAGUUCCAUCUGAUUUUGAUUUAUGUUCCCUUCUUGAGUGUUUUGAGCCUGAUGCUAGUUCUUUUAUGGGCUUUCAAGAGUUCCUUAAAUGGAGACAGAUAUCAUCAUCCUCCAGUGUACAAUCGGAAAAGCAGUCUUGGGAUAUAUUUUCUUUUGGUUGCAUAUUGGCUGAACUUUAUUUGAAGAGACCACUCUUUGAUUGUGUCUCAUUUGCUGCAUACAAAGAAAGUGGUGUCAACCCAGUAGCAGUCCAAGAACUACCUCCUCAUGUUGCAGUUCUUGUUGAAGCAUCCAUUGACAAAGACUGGAGAAGGAGGGCAUCGACAAAGUGCUUUCUCGAGUCACCAUAUUUUUCUGGAACUGUCAGAUCUGCGUAUCUGUUUCUUGCGCCAUUUCAGCUCUUAGCUAAUACUGGUUACUGCUUUCAGUAUGCUGCUAAACUUGCAAAUGGAGGAGCUCUCAGAUCAAUGGGGCCAUUUGCUGCAGAGAUAUGUGCCUCUUUCUGCUUACAUCUUGCAAAAUCAUCUCUGUCUGAUGUUGAAACUGAAUCUCUUUUGUGUCUUCUUAAAGAAUUCUUGAAUUGCCUGAGUUCUGGAGCAGUAAAAGCAUUGUUUUUCCCCAUGAUUCAGAAUGUUCUGCAGGCAGGUGCUACUCCAGCAUCACAAUAUUCACAUCUUAAGGUUUCGCUCCUUCAGGACUCAUUUAUGCAGGAUUUGUGGAAGAAAUUGGGCAAACAAGCAUAUUUAGAGAAGAUGCAUUCUCUUGUCAUUGCAAAUUUAGUAAAUCCACCUGACAAAGCAAUUGCUUCAGCUUCUGCUGUUAUGCUAAUUGGUUCAAGCGAGGAACUUGGUUUCCCAAUUACAAUCCAUCAGACAGUCUUACCACUAGUUCAUUCUUUUGGAAAAGGGCUUUGCUCAGAUGGAAUUGAAGCUCUGGUUAGAAUUGGUAGCCUUCUGGGAGAAGCUUUCAUCACCAGACAACUCUUGCCAUUACUUAGAAAUACUAUUUCCACAUGUAUAGAUGUUGUACAGAGCAAUAGGCCUGAACCCAUGCAUGGCUGGGCUCUCUUAGCUAUAAUCGAUAGCUUUUUCACUUUAGAUGGCCUUCUUAUGGCCAUGCAUGCGGAGUUAAUACUUAAGGAGCUGGUUCAGGAUCAAGUUUGCCCCCAUGUCAAGGUUCUCAUGCAGACUCAGCUAGAUCUUUCUGUGAUUCAGGUUGUUGCAACAACAUUAGUUUCACUCUGUAAAAGGCUUGGGCCGGAGUUGACUAACUUAUAUGUCAUGCCACAAUUAAAGAACCUGUUUGAUGAGCUGGCCUUUUCCCAAUCAACAACCUCAAAACCUGGUACUUCCGGAUGGAACUUAAAGGUCUCUAAACAAAAGCUGGAUGAGGUUACCCAGAUUGAAAGUAGAAUGGACAUUGUCUUGUUGCUGUAUCCUUGCUUGGCAUCUCUACUUGGCAUAGAGAAGCUCCGCCAAUCCUGCUCUGUAUGGUUCAUCUUGGAACAAAAUCUUCAAAGAUACUACAACUGGAAGUGGGAUGUUGUUGGGGAAACUCAGAGAAGUGGUGGUGAAAAUGCUAGUACUCAACGGCUCAAUGUGGGCAGAAGUUUUUCCUUGGCUUAUAAUCCAGCAAAAUAUCUGAUGAAUGACCUUGGUUGGUUUGUGCCACAAGGUCAUGGAGCUAAAAGUAGCAUGAGUCUGUUAAGUUCCAAAGUUGAACUUCAAUAUAGCAACAAGUUUACCCAGCACUCUGAAAACUCAAAUCUUAACUCUGUUGGGCCAUGGUUUUGGUUCCCUAGUCCUGGUGCUGGUUCUGAUGGACCUGAUUUUCUAGGGCACAGUGGUGGCUUGAAAGAUAAACCAUCUUGGAAGAUCAAAGCAUCAAUUCUCUAUUCAGCCCGUGCACACCCUGGAGCAGUUAGAUCAAUUGCUGUUUGUCAUGAUGAAUGCACAGUUUAUACUGGUGGAGUUGGACCUGGAUUCAAGGGUAGUGUUCAAAAGUGGGAAUUGGAGAGAAUGAGUUGUAUAUCUGGCUAUUAUGGUCAUGAUGAGGUCGUGAAUGCUAUCUGUACAUUGUCUGUAAGUGGAAGGAUAGCUUCUUGUGAUGGCACCAUCCAUGUAUGGAAUGGAGAUACUAGAAAAUUGAUAUCUGCAUAUGCUGAAUCAUCAGUAAGCUUCCCAUUGCCAACUGCAACCAAGGUGACUAUUGAGCAAAGCAAUAUCCUCACGCCCAAUGAACUCACAGGGGGCAUACUUUCUAAUGCAUUCAGCGGUAGCUUGUAUACUAGCAUGCAUUUCUUGGAUUCUGAAGACAAACUUCUUGCUGGAAUGGGAAAUGGUUCAGUCAGAUUUAUUGAUGUUUCCCAGGGCCGUAAGCUGCAACUAUGGAAGACAGAUGCUGCUGAGUAUUCUUUUUCAUCUCUUGUUUCUGCCAUUUGCUCUUGUGGUUCUGAAAAUGUUCGAGCAGAGAAAGGUUCUAAUCCCCCGACCUGGAUUGCAACUGGGCUAAGUUCAGGUCAUUGUAGACUGAUCGAUGUGAGGUGUGGCAACAUAAUUAGCAAUUGGAAAGCACAUGAUGGUUAUAUUACGAAGAUGGCUGCACCUGAAGAUUAUUUGAUUGUGUCCAGCUCACUUGACAAGAGUUUGCGAGUUUGGGACCUGAGAAGGAGCCUCACUCCUCAAGCGGGUGUACUUCGAGUCCAUUCAGAUGCCAUCACUAGCUUUGCUGUUUGGGCUCAAGAUGUGAUCUCAGUGUCCAGAAACAAAGUAGCUACAUCCUCUCUUUCUAGAUCCAUAAAUCAAGGUGGAAAUUACCAGCUUUCGCCUCGAACACUGUACUCUGUCGAUCGAGGGUUGAGAAGCCACUCAAUUAUCUCCACGAUAAGCAUUCUUCCCUUCUCAAAAUUGUUUCUUGUUGGAACAGAGGAUGGCUUUCUGAAGAUCUGCAACUAGUGCUAGGGUUCACCCUGGACCAAAUUGGACUGUUUUAUGUAACAAACUGUUGUACAUUACCAUGUUAAUAAGACAAGUUAAAAAAAAAACAUGAUGAUUCAUAUAACUAGUUUUCUUCUCAA